AUUGCUUCUCGGAAUACAAGUCGGCAACAAGACUAAACAGAAAUUAAAACGAAAUAAAUACGUGAAAAUAAUAAUAAAAAAGUGAAUAAAAAUAGAACAAGAUGUCAAGUAGAAAAAGGCAUGGUAAUUCCAAGAGGGCAACUGAUGAAGAAACGGAAUCGACCUUUGGCAAACAAAGGACUGAAGGACACCGACUGACAAAAUGGCAGACAACAAGCAACUCCCUCAAACGCCCCGAUUUCGAUCCACCAGGCAGCUCGGAGCAUGAAGCCAAUCCGAGCUCCAGACUUAAUGCACAAAGUAGUAUAAAUUCGCAGCUAAUGACAGGAAAUGCACGGAAAUCUGAUUCGGAAUGUAAGGGAAAACCAAGCUCGGCAGCCAGUCGUCAUGAUGUUUUGCUUUCGAACGACACAUCGAGCUGGGGAAAUAUCAAGAGUAUCUCGGAACUUUCGGUGCCUGCAAAGGCUUACUCAUCGAGACGUUCGCAUUCGACUCACAGAAGUUCAACGAAAAGUAGUAAAAACUUAAAGCACAACAAAGAAAACCAAAUUGAAGCUGAUGAAAAUCCCGUUUUUUCUGGCUGGGGUAACUAUGAACACGAUGCCAUCGUUAAAGGGCGGCCAGGCUCACGAAAUUUUACAAACGACAUGGAACCGAAUAUAGUUUUAGACAGUUGGGCUCCAGAAAGUAAAGGUAAGAACCUGAAGCCCAUAGGUAAUGCCAUGUGGAAAAACGAUUUUGAAGCAGCAGAGCAGUUAUCAAAAAGUAAGAGAAAGUCCAGUAGGUCCGAUAUAAAGUCACCUGAUAAACGUUCGCAAACAUUGAAUGUUAAAGAGAAAGUCCUAAGAGAGAACUUACCAACCGAAUUGACGCAAAAAAAUUCCGUUUCAGCAACUUUAGGUACUUUAGAAAAGCAGCCCUCUGCGGAAGUUUUACCAAAAAGCAUCUCUAGGUCCAGGAAACAUGUAAUUCCAGAUCCUACGCCCUACUUUUCGGAGGCAGAGGGUAAUAAGAGCAUACAUAAGCGCGGUCGCACUAGAUCACAAUCAAGAGCUAGGAUCGAGAAGGAAAACAACAAGACAUAUACUCCACAACUGGCCAAAGAAGAUGCCAGCUCCAGUAAUAAAAAAUUGGUGGAACCGGCAAAGAAAAUUCAGACCAGAGAUCAGAAAAAUGAUCAAAGGGAUAAAAAUGACUUUGGAUCCACAAAAGACGAAAAGAACAUGGUCAAGACGAAACCGCCUAUUCCGGACGUUAUCGAAUGCUUUGACCUGGAUACAGAUGACGAGAAAUCGGAGAGUGAAUUUAAAGCAAUCCAUAAUAAAAGUGGUAUUUUAAAGCAGGCAGCAGAGGAUUCCAGCUCCAUGAAUAAAAAGUUACACCAUUCUGCAGAUGAGAAUGACUUGAAAUACUUAAAACUUAAAAAACAAAGUGAAGCUCCAAAAAAUGAGAGUGCCAAAACGGAGCCGUUUUCUGCACAAUUAGCAAAGAAUUCCAGGAAAAGUGAAGCGGUAACCAAUCAAAAACAUGACGGCCAUUAUGUAGAAGUGCAUUCAGACGUUGUUCUUAAAAAGGCUGUCAAAGAGAAGACAAAGGACGAUAAGCAGAACGUAAUCGACAGGCGCCCUAAAGCUGAACUAAAAUCUUUGCUGCCAAAUGAUGAACCGCAAUCUAUAUGUGAAGAGAUCCCGACAGUGAAGGCAGAAGGGAAUGACUUGAAAUACCUAAAGAUUAAACAACAAAAUGCAGCCAGAAAAGACAGAAUUUCAAAAAAUAAUAAUGACAAAACUGAGCCUAUUUCUUCUAUCAAAAACGAUGUUGUUGAUCUUAAUGCACAAUUAGAAAAUAAUUCCAGGAAAAGGGAAGAGGUAACCAAUGAAAAACAUGAUGGCCAUCAUGUAGAAGUGCUUUCUGUCAUUGUUCUUAAAAAGGCUGUCAAAGAGAAGAUAGAGGACGAUAAGCAGGACGAAGAUAUCCCGACAGCGGAGGAGUUGUUUCGCAAACCGACCCUAGUGCCGGCGGAUCCUAAGGAAAUCGAAGCUGAAAUAGAUGCACGACUUCAGGACGAACUGGAUUCCCUACCCUUGGUGCAGAGCGAAGAGUCCGAUGAUGCUGUGGAUCCACAGAAAUUGCCACUGAAACAGAAUCAGGUAUGCAAACCUCCAAUCCCAGCAGUAAUCAAUUAUCCAUUGGCUAAUAACACUGUGGAAGUGGUCAAUCCGAGCGUUUAUCAAAGGCCCAACCCAGUGGCUGCCCAUCAGCCUGGCACCUUGGCCAAUGUCCCGAUAGUCACGCGAGUGAAGGGAGCUCAGGGUGAGGACAUAUCCGUGAAGUACAGCACAGCACCCGAUGGCCUGAUCACGAGAGUGCAGGUGGUGCCACCAGCGAUGCCGCAGGCUCAGCCAAGCACGAAGCUGGAGAGUUUUACGGCCAGCCAGUUGCACCAGAUAUUACAAAGUGGGCAACCGUAUUUGGCCCUGCCGAUGACCAGUUCCGGGAGUCCGGUGGCCAUGAUGAAUGAGCCACUACAACCCAGGGAUGCUGCCUUUCCGCCGGAAGCAGCUGUUGAAGACGAGGAGGUGGACUUCGAGGAAAUCGGUGUGGCCGACACUUUUGCGGCCUACUGGCCCAGUAAGCUCAAGUUUGGCCGGGCCCAUCCGGACUCGGUGGUAGAGACGGCCACCCUGUCGUCCGUGGAACUGCCCGACAUCAGUUACCAGUUGGAACUGCCCGCGGAGACCACCGACUGCCUGAGUGCCCUGCAACUGGAGGCAGUGGUCUAUGCCUGCCAAGCGCAUGAGCAGAUCCUGCCCAGCGGCGAGAGAGCUGGCUUCCUGCUGGGCGAUGGAGCCGGCGUGGGAAAGGGUCGCACCAUUGCGGGCAUCAUCUUCGACAACUAUGUGAAGGGCAGGCGUCGUGCCCUUUGGAUCUCCGUCUCCAAUGACCUCAAAUUCGAUGCAGAGCGAGAUCUGGCCGAUAUAGGUGCCCACGAGAAGGUUCAAGUGGCGUCCAUUAGCAAGUUUAAGUACAGUCGCAUCGACUCGGAGGAAAACGAGAACUUCCGAAGGGGUGUGAUAUUCUGCACAUACACGGCACUCAUCGGAGAAUCCCUGACGGCCAACUCGAAGUAUAAGACGCGACUGCGCCAGUUGGCCAAUUGGCUGGGCAAGAAGUUCGAGGGGGUGAUCGUGUUCGACGAGUGCCACAAGGCCAAGAACCUGAGUCUCAUGAACGUGGGCAAGUCCACCAAGACGGGCACGACUGUGCUGGAGCUGCAGAAGCUGCUGCCCAAUGCCAGGGUGGUCUAUGCCUCGGCCACCGGAGCCAGUGAGCCCCGGAACAUGGCCUAUAUGGUGCGAUUGGGUCUCUGGGGUCCCGGCACCGCCUAUCCGGAGUUCUAUGAGUUCGUGAAUGCGGUGGAGAAGCGGGGCAUUGGGGCCAUGGAAAUCGUGGCCAUGGACAUGAAGCUGAGGGGCACCUACAUAGCGCGCCAGCUGAGCUUCAAGGACGUGAGCUUCCGCAUCGAGGAGGUGGCCAUGCCGAAGGAGUUCCGCAAGAGCUACAACCUGGCCGCCGAACUCUGGGCCGAGAUAAACAAGAAGUUCCAGAAGGCCUGCCGCCUGAUGUGCAUCGAGAAUCGGGUGCAGAAGAUCAUCACCUGCCAGUUCUGGUGUGCCCAUCAGCGCUUUUUCAAGAACCUCUGCAUCGCCUCCAAGGUGAGCCACGUGGUCAAGAUGACGCGCCACGCCACCCGAUCGGGCAAGGCGGUGGUCAUCGGCCUCCAGUCGACGGGUGAGUCGCGCACCCUCGAGCAUUUGGAGCGGCACCAUGGCAAGCUGAACUCCUUCGUGUCCACCUCCAAGAUGAUCAUCCAGUCCUUCGUCGAGAAGCACUUCCCAGCGCCGAAGCGGGACAGCUUCCACCAUCUCCUGAAUACCGGCGUGUUUGAGCCAGAAUCCCGUUCCCGACCGCCAAGACCCAAGAAGAUGAAGAUGAAUCCCGACUGGUUCGAUGACGAUAUGGACGCCGAGGCCGGCGAAAGCGACAUCGAGAUGUACGAGAGCAGCUGGAAUGCGGACGAUGAGCGUGUCAAGUCGGGACGAAAGCGGCGAGGACGACCGCCCAAAUUGGACAAAGUGGAGAAGAUCACCAUGCAGGAGCGCAUUCUACAGCAUUUAUGCAAUAAUAUGAGGGCGCAGGACAACGAUGGCGAACCCACCUACACUUUUGACAACACAAAGCCGCAAAAGGCAAAUAUUACCGAGCGGGACGUGGAGCGAUGCAUCAACUCUCGGGAACUGCUGCUCGAGAAGAUCGAGAUCCUGGGCAAGCGGCUGCCGGCCAACACGUUGGACAAGCUGAUCUCUGAGUUGGGCGGAACCAAUCUGGUGGCCGAGAUGACUGGCCGACGGGGCAGAGUGGUGCGAACGGAGAGCGAUGGCUACAAGUACGAGUCGCGUUGCGAGAGUGACUCCUCGAUGGAUUUGGUCAACUACCGGGAGAAGCAGCGUUUCAUGGACGGCAGCAAGCAUGUGGCCAUCAUUUCGGAGGCGGCAUCCAGUGGAAUUUCCCUGCAGAGCGAUAAACGAGUGUCCAACCAGCGACGUCGUCUGCACAUCACCCUGGAACUCCCAUGGAGUGCGGACAGGGCCAUCCAGCAAUUUGGACGCACUCAUCGCUCCAAUCAGGUCAACUCCCCGGAUUAUGUGUUCGUGAUCACCGAUCUGGCCGGCGAACGGCGUUUUGCCUCGACGGUGGCCAAGCGACUGGAGAGCUUGGGCGCCCUCACCCAAGGCGAUCGACGGGCCACCGACGCCCGGGAUCUGUCGCAGUUCAACAUCGACAACAGCAUCGGUCGCAGUGCCCUGGAGAGUGUGAUGGAACAGCUGACGGGGGUGAAGCCACUGGAACAUGUCCACAUUCCGCAGUCCUACAAGGGCGAAUUCCCCCGCGAUUGCUGUGUGGCCAUGGCCGGCGUGGGAAUGCUCAAGGUGCGCGAGGAGAACAAGGUCAAGCUCUUCAGCGUGGAGAAGGAUAGUAAUAACAUCUCCAAGUUCCUCAAUCGCAUCCUGGGCUGUCGCGUUGAGGUGCAGAAUGCCCUGUUCAAAUUCUUUCUGGACAAGAUGUACUCGCUGAUCAUGCAAAUGAAGCGCACAGGACGUUUUGAUCUGGGCAUUCUUGAUCUGGAUGCCCAUGGGGCCAGCGUAACGUCCGUCAAGCUGAUGAGGUUCGCCAGGAAACAUGCCACUGGAACGGCAGCCACCGAACUUCACACGGUGACAGUGGCGCGUGGCAUGUCUUUCGAAACAGCCCUGGCCAAAUACCGCAAAGAGGGCCAGCACGAACACGAAGGCUUCUAUGUCCUGCAGCAGCUACGCCAUGAUAAGAACUCCUCCAUAAUGUGUCUCCAGGCUCCGUCUAAUGCAGCGGAUGGAGGAGCACCCGGCAAGAUCAACCUACAGAUCUACAGACCCAAUACGGGUCCCCAAGUGCGCUUGGAGACCCUUCGCUCCAUAACAUCCCGUUACAAGAAGGUAACUCCCGAAGAGGCACACCCGUUUUGGAAGGAGCAGUAUGGUUUGUGCUUGAAUAAGUGUUCGCAUGUCUACUGGAAUGGAGUCUGCCCGUUUCCGCCGGGCUGUGAAGUGGGUCUACGGGAACGCACCUACCACGUUCUGUCCGGCCUAAUGCUGCCCAUUUGGGACCGGAUCGAGCAUAUCAUCGAGAAGAACGGCCACAAGAUCCAGAUCAUACGCGUGAAGACCGAUGUGAACAAGAAAAUUGUGGGCACUGUGGUGCCCCAUGCCGUAUACCAUGCCCUGGUGGCCGAUUUGUCCUCGGACUCCAUCGUGGCGAGCCAUUAAAAUAGCACCGACCCACACACAAGAUAUGACACACAAUCGCAGCCUGCAGACCUUCGAGGUUAUACUCAUACCGUCAGCCGGCCUCUAUUGCCACUUUAAAAAUAUCAACUCAAAUUGUGGCAUUCAGGGCAAUACAUGUGGCGUAAGCUUUCGCUUUUUCCAAAUGCCAGGCACGCUCCACCAGCUCCUCCGUUCCCGGCCAUAAACAAUGGCCACAAAAGCACAUACGGGAAGACACUUACAGCUCGUCUGCGUGCGUAUGUGAUUCAUAUGUAUUGUCUGCAGUGCCAGUGCAGACAAACAAACUACAAAAACACACGAAAAAAUAAAGGCUCAGCGCGACAAAACUAAAUUUGUAGUAUUUUAUUUUAUUUGCUUAAGCUUAACUACUUAAAAGACGCUCUUUGAAAGGGGCAAAAAAACAAAGGAGUGGUUGACUUUUAAAUACUACCAUUAACUGGUUCUUAUGACCCUUAAUGGCAGAUAUUACUUAAAAUCUAACUACCUAGUUUCUUUUAA